UCCAGGGAUGAGAUGCGACUCUUGAAAUCGGUCCGGACGAGGGCGGUGUCAAGAGGGGAAAGGAGAGGAAGACAGGGCAGGGGGGAGAGGAGAAUCCGAUGUCAGUGCGUCCGAGUGCAUUGUGUACAAAAAAAAAAACAAAAAAAAAACACGAGGAAUUAUAGCGGAGUAGACUUCUCUACCCAGUUUUUUUUUGUUUUGUUUUUGUGAAGCGAAGUAAAUGCGCGAGGAGAGUCGAGGGGAACCAGAAGGGCAUGUCGACCACACGCCCCAAUGCCCCAGGAGACACACCACGGCUCGACCCUUCCCCUCGCGUUGCAUGUGGCGGUGAAUGCAACAAGUGAUACGCCCUGGGCACCGGGAAGAGAAACUGGCUGUGACUUCUCUUUAGUGAUAACGGCAAUGACAAAGCUCAAAGAAUCUAGUGAUUAAUGUACAGUGUGACAAGUGGAUUAGCAACAGUGGAAAAUAGGGCAGCGAGGAUGGACAGAGAGAUCACAGGACACGGAUCAAGGCGCAUGCACACUGAUCAGCCCACGUCCUGCGGCUGCAACUAGCGUAGGACGCGGCCUUAUCGCGGCGGACGCUGCCGCCGUCCGGCGUUUUCAGUUCUGUUCUGGCGACGCUCGACUUCGCAGGGAGAGCGAGUCGCCUGUGCGGGAAGGACAGUUGGAAAACAGUGACGUCGACUCCCUUCCUAGAAAUGCCUCCAUCGAGAUUAUAAUUCUUUAAAAAAAAGAAAGAAAAAAAACAACUCAAUUGCAAGUGACAAACCCGUGCCCCAGACAAGAACCAUUCCCACAACUGCAACGACGACGGCACGAAGAAUGGACCAACUGGAGGUGAUGCCCGUGAGUUCGAGGGUCGUCUGCCUCAACGCCCCUCACCUCAAGUCCCUGUGCGUGUUCGAGGCCCUUUCGCGCACCCUCGGCUGUUACUACAAUCACCACCGCCUCCAGGUCGUCUCCUGCCAGGCCACGGUACGACUGCCUGCCCCGCGAGUCGUCAGGAUACGCGGCCACGCAACGCACACUCACCCCCCAGGCGACACGCCCACUCUACCCACGCCCAUACAGAUGGGGACUUACUUGGUGUUCCACCUCGGAGACUGGUCGCAGGUCAGGAAGUGCCACCUUGUGCUCAAUGGCAUCGAGCAAGUGCCGAGGAGUGCCGUGCCAGCCAAAGUAAACCUACAGCGCGUCCUGCACUCUCAACCAUUACAGCAACCUACUCCUCCCUUGGAACCUGCUCCUCAGUCCCCCUCUCACCUUCCUCCCUUUAUACCCCCUAUCACUCAAGAGGAACAGCUAACAAAUGGAAGUGCCCUUAAAAAGACCACAUCCUUAAGUCCUAGAGCCAACACAUCACAUCCAGCAAAGCCACCACCACCUGUUCCCCCAAAGCCUAAAAUAUCCCGGGGGACCAAGUCCUAUAGCCUGGACAGUCACAGCCAACUGCUCUCGAACACAGACCAAUCCUUACAAAAUAUAAAAAGCAGUCUUCCACUGACUGAACAGAAGCCGCAGCAAAAACCUGAGGUGUGUGAAGAUAAACCGAAGAGUCGUGUUAGCCAAAUACCUAUACAUAUGAACCGAGCGGAGGACAUAACAACGCUCUUAGACGACGAUGAUGACGAGUGCGCAUCUGAUACUUCUGAUGACCUUCAUAAGGUAGUACGCAAAAGAUUAUCAGCAGACAUAACAGUCUUGUUGGACCCACCACCAGAAAAUAACGUGCUGGUUCUACUCCUAAAACCAGCUGAAGAAACACAAGCAUGGCAGUUCUUAUCAGCCUGUAUGCAGGUCACUCAGUGUGGAAAUAAACCCCUGGUGAUGGAAGGCACAGGAUCCAUGAAAAAGGCUCUUACUAGAACCAAACCCCUCUAUUUUUCCAAGAAUGGAAAUGUGCAAAGAAUAUAAUUUAAUCUGAACUUAUUCACUUCAUAUUAAAUAUUCUUUAUUAUCUAACUCUUUAAAUCAUUUAAAAAUAAGUUUAAACAUUUAUUUAUGUUGAACUAAAGAAAUAAAGAAAAUCUGAUUCUGACAUACUCAUUGAAACAUGCUAUCUCAUAAGCAAAAUGUAUAAGAGACCAGCAAUAUACUGUAACAGACCACCAUGCUGGAGAAAAACCCACAAGAUAACACCAUACUGCUGUACACCAAUAAUCCAAAGUUAAUAAAGCAAUGCUACCUCACUAUAAGCAUGGUGAAGGGUAUACAUAACAAAACAUCAGGAUUACAAAGACAAUGCCACACACACGUGGUCUUUUUGCUCAAAAAUAGGUUGUGCAAAUCUUCAUGCUGAUCUGAAACUGAACUGCUAAUUCAUCUACUUCUAAAAAGUUCAUACUUUGAGAUGGUUGGUUCUAAUAAUCACCAGCUUAAUCAUGAACCAAUCUUUCUGUAAUAUGUGUGAAAAUAUCAUACUAUGGCAAUAUAACUCGCAUCACUCUUUAAUUUUUGCUAGUCCUCCUUUGUAAAUUCGGUAUUAACUUUCCUGAAUUUUCAUUAACCUUUUCAGUUAUACUGCAGUUCAUAUCCAAGAAAAUAAUGUCAAGGUCUACUCUGAAACUCUUUCUUUGCAAGUAACACAAUAUGGAAGAUACUUCCAGCUUUUCUUGCCUAUUUUAUCAUCUCUAAAAGGAUAUAAUUAGUUACAGUUUUUAUUUUUUUGCCUUUCCUCAUAAAGUAAUAGAAAACCUUCCUUUUCAUUUAUAAUACAUCCCACUUUCUACAAUAAUUACUUUUUUCUUCAUAGAAUUUAUAAUUCCUUACCAUCUGAUGUACAAUUAACUUAAAUCAAUUCAUUAAUAAACAUUAAUAUUCA